AUGGGGAAAUUCAAAACUUUGGUUCCUUGCUUGUGCUGGAAGGGCUCUGGAAGUGUUACCCAGCCAGACAAGCGGCAGGCUGUGGGCGCCGAGCCUUGCAGUCAGCCGUUAGACGCAAAGUGUUCCGGGAAAUCACCUUCUCAGGAACCCUUGGAGAAGGUGCAGGACACCUUGCCUUGUGCAGAUCCUCAAUUUGCCCCUGGGCUGAAGUCUCAUGUGCAACCGGCUGUAGCAAAGCUCGUUGCUGAUGAACCACUGAACGACGCAACAGCAAACAUCGUAGGGAGUGCGACGAAGCAAACAGCAGGAGAUGGGAAUCAGGAACUUCCCAUAUCGGCGUCUGCAAGCGAGAAAGAAAGAACAUCAGAUGUUCAGUUGCUGUCUCAGGACAGGAGUUGCCUUGAGGCAAGCAUUCCAGUUUUGGAGGUAAAGCCAAAAUGCCAUGAAGAAAGUCGCAACACGUCUCAAGAAACAACAACAGGGAACGAGAGUAGAGUAACAUCCUCGCCUGUUUCCAUCGUGUGCCCAGCUUCCACGAGCGGUGGAGAAGAAGACCGUCGAACAGUCGUUUCUACCCCUCCUACUCCCGGAUGUCAAGAGAGAGAAAGCGAACAAAAGGAUGUUCUUGGAGACAAAAAUGCCAUGAAGGAUCAAAAGAAGGAAAUCCAUUCACCUUCAAGUGUACAGACGAUGGGAUUGGGUACGGAGGCAAAUAAUGAAUGCAACCAAGCAACCACCUCGACCAUUGCUGACCCAGGAACCCCCGAUAGCCAUAAAGACGGGACAGGUGUAAAUAACAGAAUACAGGGGGACCAGAAAGAGGAUAUAAAGUGCUCCUCCAUUCAGCAGACAGUGGAGAAGGGAGUGGAACCAAAUACAGCAUCAGCUGAACCUGCUAAGCCCGACGAUGAUGGCAUCCAAGAAGCAUUGGAUGUUGGGAAGGAAGCCAAAACAAACUCUAGUACGAAGAAAAGGAAAUCCCCUCGGAACAGGAAUAGGAGGACUCAAGGCGAAGCGAAGCCAGGGCAAACUGUUGACGCGGAUGAGAAGGUGCUUGCCGUCGUAGACAGUAUCGUGGCUGAUGGUGAGUCUGUGGGAGUUAGGCUAGCCGAGCAGCCAGAAGGGGAGUCACCGGCCCAAGAGAAUCCUGGCAGGCGAACUGGAGAUGCGAAAUCGAUGCGGAAAAACAGGAAGAAGAAGGCAAGCAAAGCCAAGGGAAAGAGACGACAUGGGAGAACGGGAAGGCGUUAA